GAGCUUGAUUCUUUGGGGACUCAUAUGUUUGUUUUACCUAUGCUUGCUGCCCUCAGGUGGCACUUUUCACAUGUGUGUCCUAGCAGCAUCAUGACAUCACAUUGGCUACGUCCUAGUGACUUGCCUAUCAGGCAUUGUUCUUCUGUCAUGACAUCAUUGAUUCAGGUGUGGAAAGUGUCUGGGGAUUCUUGGGUGGAAAGACUCCAGCCCGCCACUUUGUUCGUAGAAUGCAAAGCAAAAGAAGACAGACACCUGCCACAUAUCCCCAAACCAGAACUGGAACGAGUUCACGUAACUUAUGGCAGCGGCAGUUGCGUUUAGGAGAGCUUUCCUCUCCGCAGUUACGGCUUUUCAAUAUCAAGCUACAUAUAAUUGAAUCCGAAGAAAUAUUUUUCUUACCCGAAUGUCAUCGGGACUUAACUAUCGGUAAAUUGAAGAAUCGACUGGAGCUUUUUGUUGGGAUCCCAGUGAAUUUCCAGCGAAUUCAGUAUCUGGAUGAAGUAGAUCUUGCGGAUGAUUCUACGUUGAGGAAACAUGAAAUCGUCCCUGGAGGAACUCUCACUAUGCGAACUUGGCCAGAAGAUUCUUGGGGACCAUUGGUGGCUGCAGCUGCAAGUGGAAAGGUCAAGAAGUUGCAAAGCACAGGCGUUACAGAGACCUCCAUGUUCAGCACUGCAAAUUCGAGGCUAAUGACGGAAGAAAAGAGGAGCGACUGGUUGGCGCAUCGAGCAUUCGUGGCUUUAUUUAUUUCUGCCCACAGAGGCCACACGAGGGCCGUGGAAUUUUUGCUCCAAAAUGGUGCUGACGUGAAACUUAAAACCCCUCUGGGUAGAACAGCCCUCCACGUUGCGGUCACUUCGGGCCAGGUUGACUGUAUCCGUAUCCUCCUUGACUCUGGAGCCAGGCUCAGUGAUGAGGACAAUGAAGGACACAACGCUGUACAGCUGGCCCGGCUGUGGAAACAGAAAGAGUGUGAGAGGAGGCUUUUUCGGCACAGGUGGCUGAUCCGAGCAGGUCGAAGCAGCCAACUCCAAAACAGCAAAUAGAAACUGGAAGUCAAAGCGGAUUUUUAAAAAAAAAAAUUGAUGGAGGGAUUUAAGAACAUUUUCCACAUGAACUUUUCCUCAGGAAUAUGCACCGUAUUGAAAUGCAAGACUUCAUUUCUCCACAGAGGUUCUACCCAGCUGCAAAUGAGAUAAUUAUAGCAAUGAUAGAAAGUCUUAAAGUUCCUCUGUGGUUACUAGUUGUCCGGCAUGAUCUCCUCGUGGCUGAGCUACAGUGUUUGGGGGAAAUCUUGCUGCUUCUAUCCCGUUAUCCCAAUAACCAUCAGGCACCUAUGGAGUAGAUGAGGCUGGUAGAAAGCCCCCAAGUCAUCCAGAGAGCUUUCAUGACUGAGGUGAGCUAGAACUAAGGUUACCACAAUUUUAGAUCAAUCCCUUAACCUCCAUACCAUACUACCUCUCUUACCUCCCCUGAUGGUAUUAUAUUUAGAAGGCACCUGACUGUAUUAAACUGUGUAUAAUGUGUUGAGUCAAACUUACUCAAUUUUGUGUUCAGA